AUGAAAGACCAACGGCGUGCGGCAGAAGCCGCAAUCUUUGACCAGACUAACCUGCUCCCACCAAGAAAGGUCUUUGUCACCGUUGGGGCCCUCGCAAUUUGCCAACUCAUAUGCUAUGCCGAACAGACAGGAAUAGGUAUUGCUCUACCGGCAAUUGGACGGGAUCUCAAUGCUCAAGAUACGAUUAGCUGGGCAGGAACCAGUGCGCUGAUAUCAAAUACGAUUUUCCAAGUUCUCUAUGGAAGGCUGAGCGAUUUAUUCGGUAGAAAACCCACUUUGCUCUGGGCACUAGCUCUCCUCGCCAUAUCGGACCUCCUCUGCGGGUUUGCCAAAAACGACGUCAUGCUCUACGUCUUCCGAGGCUUCUCUGGUGUCGCAAACGGCGGCGUAGCCUCCCUGUCCGCAAUGAUUGUUUCCGACGUCGUUACGCUCGAGCAACGUGGAAAAUGGCAGGGCAUAAUUGGCGCUGCCGUCGGCAUGGGAAACAUCGUCGGACCUUUCGUCGCUGCCGCUUUUGUGCAAGGCGGUUCUUGGAGAGGUUUCUUUUGGUCCUUCAGUCCUGCUGCUGUUGCAUCCGGCUUGCUGUGUCUCUGGCUAUUGCCGACGAGUACGGAUCGGCCAAAGGUCGAAUUCAAGCAGGUGAUGAAGAAAAUCGACUUUGGUGGCAUAUUCUUUGGCAGUGUGGCUUUGAUACUACUAUUGAUUCCGAUAGCCGGGGGUGGUGACUACUUUGACUGGGAUAGUCCCAAGGUCAUUGCGAUGUUGACGAUUGGGAGUAUUUGCUCGCUGCUCUUCAUUUAUGUUGAACGCAGUGUUGCUUUGUUGCCUAUGAUGCCGCUAUCGCUCUUCAAGAACACCCCUGUUGCUGUCAUGCUCGCUCAGAACUUUCUCUUCGGCAUCGUCGCUUACAGCCAAACCUUCUACCUUCCCCUCUUCUUUCAAAAUGCACAACGCCUCUCACCCAUGAAAUCAGCUUGCCUCAUGCUUCCCUUGACCUCUUUCCAAGCAACUUCCUCCAUUCUCUCGGGUCAGUACAUCUCGCGUCAAGGACGCUACGGAGAGAUCAUCUGGUUAGGAUUCUUUCUAUGGACCCUCGGCUCAGGUUUAACCUGCAUUUUCGGCGUCAACACACCCAUGUACGUCAUUGUCUUGAUCCUCAUGGUAACCGGCAUCGGCAUAGGCAUGGUCUUCCAACCGGUCCUUAUCGCCCUGCAAGCACACUGCACCAGAGCUCAACGUGCGAUUGUCAUCUCGAACAGAAACUUUAUUCGCAGCUUAGGUGGAGCUGUUGGUCUGGCGAUUUCGGCGGCGGUAUUGCAAAAUUCACUAUAUCAGGCUUUGCCAAAGAACUACCGGGAGGACUUGUCAGCUUAUGAAACUCCGAAUUUUGCCAAGCUUGGGGAGGAAGAAACUACACAGAUUGUCCAGGCUUAUGCGAAAGCGAGUCGCACAGUAUUCUACAUGAACGUGUCGUUUAUUGCGCUGUGUCUCAUUGGGUGCUUUUUGAUCAAGGACAAGGGGCUACAACGACCGGAUGAAGUUAAUAUGGAUGAGGAGAAGAAGGUGGAGAGGUCGGAUAGUGGCAGCGAGCAAGUCGUUGUGAAUCCAGUUGAGGAUACUGAAAAGAAAAACGCCCCCGCUGGAGGGCGCAGGAUGAGUGGUGCUACGUUGUGA